CCACGUUCUCCACCUUCUUCCUAUUUCCAACUCCAGAAACUUCCGCUGCGUUCUUUUGCCAUCACCAAAUCUCAGAAGACGAUCUCGUCUUGAUCCGGUGAAACUGGUCCAUUCCCGUUUCUCUCAUCCGACGGCGACGGCGACUUGAAGCAAGCCAGAGCAGCACACUUUCCCCGUCAUCCUCAUCUGCAGCGAGACAUCAGAAGCCGAUCGAAGCCCUAUUCAGACGACGGAGAUCAAUAUCCCCGGCGCUUCCCAGAUCCAAAGUUCGUGAUCUGAAAAGAAAUUGUAAUUGCUUUCUGAGUUUGCUACAGAAUUGCUUACUGUUGUUAUUUUCCGCUUCUCCGAUUGUGAAAAAAAAAAAAAUUGUUCGUUCUCCGAUUAUUAUCACUAUUGAUCUCGUGAACGGAAGAUUCUCGCUAUCGAUUCUGAUUUCGUGUUUGUUAUUCGUUCAUUCAUUCAUACCCGUCUCUGCCUGGUUUUCUGUGUGCUGCGUUAUACCUUCGUUGCAAAUCUUGAUUUUGAUUUCUGCAUAAUCUGGUUUAGAGAAAGAAAAUAAAAAGGAAACUCUAAAACAAUGGCUGCGACGAUGACUACGACGGUGCGGUACAAAUUCCUGAGUUCUAGGGAUUUUUCCGAGAUCCAAAUACAGGGGCCUUACGUAACCGUCGGGGAUCUGAAACUGGCGAUUUUCAAAGCCAAUUUCAAAGACCGAUCUACCGAUUCCAAAUCUCAGCAGGAAACCAGGCGCCGUAGCAGUAUCUGGAACGGUUGCUGUUUGGGAACGGAUCACGAUCUCUCCAUCAUUGAUCCCCAAACCAAUACCCCUUAUUCCGAUGAAAACGCGCUGAUCUUUGACAAAGCGUCCGUUUUACUCCGGCGGAUUCCAGGCGACCGCCGCCGACAACCUCUGAACACGGCGGCGAUUGAUCUCCGGCCGGCGGUGGAAGAAGUGAAGUCAGCAGAAGAAGUAAAAAGGUCCUACCCUGCUUCGGAUUCGGUAAUGACGACGACCAGUGGAAUCGAAGAUCUAGACUACGAUGAUUUUGGUGGUGAUGUCUAUGCUAUUCCUUCCCAAGUGACCAAGCCGUCGAUAGAGAAGAAGAAGAAGAACACUAUUGCUCCCGAGAAGAAGAAUAGUAUUGCUCCGGCCGCAGUUGAUAGAGACGAGGAGAGCAAGAUCAUGGCGUUGGUGAAUACUCCGGCUCUGGGAAUGUGGUCGGCGGCGGCAGAGUCGACCCUGACUACAACAAGAAAGAGAAAAGCGCCUUUCUCCACUCAGCCUCCUCCCACCGGCUACGUCUGCCACCGGUGUGGGAUAAAGGGUCACUUCAUUCAGGAUUGCCCGACUAACGGCGAUCCAAGUUACGAUCAUCGGAAAAGAAUGCGGCCACUGUCAACAGCUCCCUGUGCAGCCGCCGAGAGCGAGUUCAACAGGCAGAUGGAAGGGAUCUCCACGUUUUCCAGCGUGAUAACAACCAGCAGCAGCAGCAGCAGCAACUGUGGCGGCAGCAAGAGCAAUGGUACAACGACGGUGGGUGUGCCAGCGGAGCUUAACUGCCCAUUAUGCAGAGGGAUCAUGAGAGAGGCGGUGUUCGUGAAGAGUUGCUGUUUCCAGAGCUACUGUAAGGGUUGCAUCAGUGAACAUGUGAAGAGAUCCAAGUCGUGUGCUUGCGGGGCGAGGAAUGUUGAUGAGGGUGAUUUUCUGCCGAAUGUUACAGUGAGAAGCAUGAUCGAUUCCAUUUUGCAGCAGCGUCGGAGUCGCAGUACUGGUAGUAGCGCGGGGAGCAAUAGCUGCUGCUCUACCGUCAUUGGUACCUAGAGAAAAAUCUAGGCGUUAAUUUCUCUGUUGUUUUUAGUUCCUUGUUGUUCUCUAGGUUCAAGCAACUGUAUUAUGUAAUGGGAUCGAUUGAGAAUCAUAAUAGAAAGAAGUUUUUUGC